UAGUACCGGUAGCACCCGCCGCUGCUGCCCUGCCCGCCCCGCCCCGCCCCGUCCCGCUGCCGCUGGCCCGGCCAUGCUGCCACAGUAUGGCCUCUACGGAGCAGGACGCGCUGGCCCUGCGGGAGCAGCUCUUCCAUGAGCGGGUCCGCGAGUGCAUCAUCUGCACCCUGCUCUUCACCAGCCUCUACGUCCUCUGCCACUUCAUUAUAACCCACUUCAAGAAGCACACGGACUUUGCAGCAGAGCACGAUGAUGAGGAUGCUGCUGUCAACAGGAUCGCGCUGGGGCUCUGCACCUUCACCCUUGCCGUAGCACUGGGUGCUGUCCUCCUCCUGCCCUUCUCCAUCAUCAGCAACGAGGUGCUACUCUCCUUCCCCCGCAACUAUUACAUCCAGUGGCUCAAUGGGUCCCUUGUCCAUGGCCUCUGGAACUGGGUCUUCCUCUUCUCCAAUUUGUCCCUUGUCUUCCUCAUGCCCUUUGCCUACUUCUUCACCGAGUCUGAGGGCUUUGCAGGGUCCAAGAAGGGCAUUAUGGCCAGGGUAUACGAGACCUCAGUGGUGCUGCUGCUGCUGACACUGCUGGUGCUGGGCAUGGUCUGGGUGGCCUCCGCCAUCAUGGGCAACGACGCAGCCAGUCGCCAGUCGCUCUAUGACCUCUGGGAGUACUACCUGCCCUACCUCUACUCCUGCAUCUCGCUCUUUGGGGUGCUGCUGCUGCUGCUGUGCACCCCCUUUGGCCUCUCCACCAUGUUUACUGUCAUGGGGCAGCUGCUGGUGAAGCCCUGGGUAAGGUGCUGUGACCUCCCGGGGGUGUCUGGUCCCACAUCCCGGGUGCAGGGUGCACCCACACCCCUCUUGCCUGCUGCUCAUGGGCUUCUCACCCAUCCCCAGCUCCUGGAAGACCUGGAUGAGCAGCUGAGCUGCACAAGGCUGGAGGAAGCCGCUGUGUCCCGCAGGAUCUGCUCUGGCAAAGCUUCCUGCUGGCUCAACUUGAACAUGGAGCUGCUGCAGGAGCAGCUCUUCACCAUCCGGAACAAGAGGCGGAAGCUGGAGCUGCGGCACCGAGCAUCUCCCUGGCAGAGGAACCUGGGCUACCCCCUGGCCAUGCUGGGCCUCCUGGCGCUGACUGGCACCUCUGUGCUCAUCGUCUGCUUCCAUGUCCUGGAGCUGCUGCUGGAUGAUGCUGCACUGCCACGGGGCAUCGAGGACGCCUCCCUGGGCCAGGUCUCCUUCUCUAUCUUCGGCUCCUUUGGUGCUGCCCUCCAGGUCAUCCUCAUCCUGUACCUGAUGGUCUCCUCUGUUGUGGGCUUCUACAGCUCCCCCCUGUUCAGCCGCCUGCUGCCGGUGCAUCAGGACACCCCCCUCACCAAGAUCAUCGGGAACUGCGUCUCACUGCUAGUGCUCAGCUCGGCCCUGCCUGUCUUCUCCAGGACACUGGGGAUCACCCGCUUCGACCUCCUGGGGGACUUUGGCCGCUUCAACUGGUUGGGGAACUUCUACAUCGUGUUCCUGUACAACAUGGGCUUCGCGGCCCUCACCACCCUCUGCCUGGUCAAGAGGGUGUCCUGGGCCGUCCAAGCUGAGCUCAUCCGUGCCUUUGGUGAGGGGGGGACACGGGGCUGGGGUGGGAGUUGUGUCCUGGUUCCCCCCUCCUCACCUCUUACCCUCUCCCUCUGCCCAGGUCUGCACAAGCUACCUCUGCCUAAGCCGUGCUCCCGGCGCCUCACCCAGCCCUGCUAGUGUGGGGGCCAGGGAUGCACCACCCUCUGUCACUGCACGGUCCCAAUGGUGCUUCAGGGCCAUUGGAGCCCCCCCAGGGAGAGCUGAGGCUCUGCGGGGGGGGAGCUGCCCGUUUCCAGCUGCGCUGCUGAGCCUUGGCCUUGAGCCGUGUCCUUGUCACAGCCCGCCCUGGAGCUGCGCUGGCAGCAGCUCCCCCCUGUCCAUUUCCAUACCUCAUGUAAAAGCAU